UCCUGCCCCCCCACCCCUCCUCCCCCCUUCCUCCUCGAGUAAUUUUUUUGUUACUUUCCCGCGCGAAGAUGGCGCUCAUCUGUUCGAUCAGUAACGAGGUGCCCGAGCACCCGUGCGUGUCUCCCGUGUCGGGCCACGUGUUUGAGCGCCGCCUGGUGGAGCGCUUUGUGGCGGAGAACGGCGUGGACCCGGUGAGUGGCACUGCGCUGAGCGAGGAGCAGCUCGUGGACAUCCGAGCCCCACACACCGCAAGGCCCAAGCCUCCAUCGGCCACCUCCAUUCCAGCCAUCCUCAAGUCCCUGCAGGACGAGUGGGACGCGGUGAUGCUGCAGAGCCACUCGCUGCGUCAGCAGCUGCAGACGGCGCGUCAGGAGCUGUCCCACGCACUGUACCAGCAUGACGCGGCCUGCAGAGUGAUAGCACGCCUCACUAAAGAAGUAGCCGCCGCUCGUGAAGCUUUGGCAACUCUGAAGCCGCAGGCCGGACUGAUCGUGACUCCGGCUACACCGGCCACACAGCCUGUCGUGGCUGGAACUGAAGCGAUGGACGUCAGUGAACAGAUUGGAAUGGGACCUGAAAUCAUCCAGAAGCUGCAAGACAAGGCGACGGUGCUCACCACGGAGAGGAAGAAGAGGGGCAAGGUAGUCCCAGAGGAGUUGGUUCGUGCUGAGGAGCUCGGGAAAUAUCAACCCACUGCCUCUCACGUGGGUCUCCACAGUGCCAGUGUGCCCGGCAUCCUCGCCAUGGACCUCUGUCCCACCGAUACAAACCGCGUCCUGACGGGCGGUGCGGACCGCAGCGUGGUGGUGUUUGACAAGAGCUCCGAGCAGAUCGUGGCGACGCUGAAGGGGCACAGCAAGAAAGUCACCUCGGUGGUGUUCCAUCCCACGCAGGACGUGGUUCUCUCCGCCUCCCCCGACUCCACCAUCCGUGUAUGGGCCGUCUCAGCGUCCACCUCCUCCACCUCCUCCACCUCCUCCACCUCGUCCUCCUCCUGCUCACAGCUGAUCCGUGCUCAUGACGGAGCCGUCACCGGACUGAGCUUGCACGCCACGGGCGACUACGUGCUGUCCUCCAGUGACGACCAGCACUGGGCCUUCUCGGACAUCCACACGGGCCAAGUGCUCACCAAGGUCAUCGACGAGAACAUGCCUAGUGCGUUGACCUGCGCGCAGUUCCACCCGGACGGGUUGAUCUUCGGGACGGGUACCGUGGAUUCCCAGAUCAAGAUCUGGGAUCUCAAGGAGCGCACCAACGUGGCUAACUUCCCGGGCCACUCUGGCGCCGUGUCGGCCAUCUCGUUCUCCGAGAACGGCUACUACCUGGCCACGGCGGCCGACGACUCCCAGGUCAAGCUCUGGGACCUGCGCAAGCUGAAGAACUUCAAGACCAUCAGCCUGGAGGACUCCUAUCAGGUGAGAUCCCUCACCUUUGACCAGAGCGGCCUCUACCUAGCCGUGGGGGGCACGGACAUCCGCGUCUAUCUGUGCAAGCAGUGGCAGGAGCUGCUACACUUCACCGAGCACACGGGUCUGGUGACAGGGGUGAGGUUUGGUCUCCACGCCAACUUCCUCGCGUCGGUGGGGAUGGACCGCAGCCUCCGAGUCUACGGCCCCUGAACAACAACAACCACAACAA